UGCUUCUCCAAUUCGACCUUCAUUGAGACCUGGAAUACAUAUAUCGGUGGCACAUACGUAACGGAUCUUACAAGUUACACCUCAGAGUCUUGAGCGCCUCUCUUUACAGCCUGACCCACUUCCCAUUUCCAAGUUCGACUUAUUCUAUACCCCUUCUAUGCGCGACACUUCUAUAUCAUAUCCCUUGUUAACACCGUGGGGACCCCGGUCUUGCCUUCCUCUACACGCAGAUUGACCUAAAAUUUAGGAGCGUGCCUCUAUAAGACAAAUUCUCAAGACCGUGGGGAAAUCUCAAGUUCAACAGGAUAUAUCAAUUUUGGCGCCAUGCCUGCUCAAAAGCCCAAUCCUGGAACAUGGACGUUCAGGCUGAAGUACCACAUGACCACCGUGCUCCUGCACGUUGACCCUCUCGAGAACCUCUCGUCAGUAAAAGCAGAACUCUUAAAGGCGCUACAAGAGACGACGCCAACCGAAGAAUUGAACGGCAAACCACUGCCCGAAGGCCCGGAGCAAUUCAGGCUCGCUCAACCCAACAAUAUCAACGAUCCUUUAAGCGGGUGGACCCAAAUUGACCCUAACCCUUUCGAAGACGAGGGGGAUGGAUCCAGAGGCCGACGGAAGGGCAAGACUGCUGCCGGUCAGAGUGUCAAGGCGAUGGGUCUGCAAGACAAUGCGGUGCUUGCCUUUCAAUGGGGCGAGAAAGAUAAGAACAUUGACGACGGUGAUAUGGACGUCGAAGAGGAGGAAUGGGAUGUGGUGAUACCAAGUUCUGAGGAUGUCUUUGACGAUGAAAAUGAAGGUGGCGUGGCUCCUCAAUGAUUUAAUGGCGCCAAGGUUUCCUACACUUCGAGUAGACGGAUAUCAGGGAGUUCGGUAUAGUGAAGAAAGGCGUUGAAGACCAUUCUUCAUGGCUCAUGGCGCCGCGGAUGGACGGAUCUAGAGAUUACAAUUGAUUAGGGUGCAAGCAAAGCGCAAUAGGAGAAUAAUCCCCAAAACCAAGUGAAGUUCAAACAGCGUAGCACCCUACCAACUACCUAAUUAAUAGAGCCUAAGCUGUUGAAAUCAAGUUUAAACUGCCU